AUGGCAAGUGUUUCGAGCUUUAUUCGUUCCUUAAAAAAGGAAUUUUGCCCUCUUGUUGGAGAUACAUACUGCAAUCACCCUUCUUUGUACAUUUAUCUCGCUCUUAAUAUCCUAAUGCUUCUUCCUUACUUUUAUUGUGUGGCCACUCUCUUUAGAAAGCUUAAAUUCGAAGUAAGAAACAAAGUAAUGCCUGGAUUAUUCUAUACUAUUGCUACAUCAAUUUAUAAUUUGGCUUCAUGGUUUACUGAUUAUGCUUUAAAUUACAAUUUUCACGGCAAUGACCAAGAUUACUUUUUCAAAGAGAGCUUCAUGUGGGAUGACUUAUCAAAGUUAUCGAAAAUCAUGUUUCUUCAUCAGAUAGCUCUAGUUAUGUUGGCAUUUGAAAAUAAGUUCGGAAAAAUUCUUAAAUAUUUCAAUUACCUAAUGUUCUUCAUAUUCGGAUUCAGAUUUAUAGGGAAAUUCAUUAUACAAUUUAUUCCAAAUGCUUAUCCUUAUGAAAUUCCAGUACUUAAAUACGUAUUAUACAAUCUCAAUCCAGCAUAUUUCAGUGCAAUAUAUACAUCGUUAUACAUAUUAAUGGUUGUUAUUUUAAGUUUCUGUUUUGUUUUUUCAAAAAUCAAAAAUUAUCUUCCUUCAGGUAUUCUUCAUCAAAUUUACCUAGCAACAUACUUUUUAGUGUUCGGACUUUUAAGUACAGAAGCAAUUCAAGGAUUUAGAUAUGGAAAAUUAUUCAUGAAAAUUCGUGAAACUGAUUUAAGUAUGUAUAACUAUGUUCGCUUUAUUGUGAGUUUCUAUGUUAAGUAUUGCGUUGAUUAUCCAAUAUUUAUCAUAAUUUGGAUUUUAUCCGCUCCUAAUUACAAUGAAGCGAAAACCAACGAUGAUAUUCUUAAUAGUAGCCUUGGCAUAUUAGAGUAA